UUCACCUUUGCAUGUACUAGGAAGUGAAUGCUGUGUGUGUCCGGGAAAGGGGAGGGACUCCGACGACAAGUCAGGGACGCCGCUGCGCCUCUUCCCCACUGAGCUGCGGCGGUGCUGCGUUUUAAUCCCAAUAAAUACACACAUACACAUUCAGAGCGUGGUUUUAGCUGUAGACACUGCGUAACAAAAGCGUUGUGUUUUUGUUUUUUUUUUACUCGUCGAAACGCGUUUGUUGCGGCUCGGCUCGGCCUGACCCGGUCUGCGCGCGCCGCGCAAUGCGCAGAGGGGGCAGAAAAAGAAGCCUGUAGCGCAGGCUAACGGCAGCAGGGCUCAUUACUGGCAAGUUUGCUCCGUGAACUUUGCCACCAUUCGGAGCCAUGCUCAGCCCGCCGCCGCCGCGGCUGCUUUUGCUGCUGGGGAGGAGAGCCGGCGGGUCGCUCGUCGGCCGGGACGCGCUUUCCGGAGUUCGCCCGACGGUUCCGAGGCGCUUCAUCAUCGACACGUCCUACUCGGCGCACUUCAUGGAUUUCAAGGGCUCCUCCAUACCGAGCGGCAUGAAGAAGCUGGUCGUCACCACGCUCAGUCAGGAUUUCAGAGAGGCCGUCAGCGUGCGGACCGUCGCCGUCCCGACGCCCGGAGACGCAGAGCUCCUCGUCCGGAAUCGCUUUGUGGGAAUCAACGCCUCUGAUAUCAACUACUCUGCAGGCCGCUAUGACCCUUCGGUGAAGCCCCCCUUUGACGCCGGCUUCGAGGGAAUCGGCGAGGUCAUAGGCCUCGGCCUCAGCGCCAGCUCCCGUUACACCGUCGGGGACACAGUGGCCUACUUCGGCAGCGGCGCGUUCGCGGAGUACACAGUAGUCCCUGCCAAGGAGAGCGUGCCCGUUCCCUCGGCGAAGCCGGAGUUCCUCACCCUGCUGGUGAGUGGCGCCACAGCCUACAUCGCCCUGAAGCGCCUUGGCGACCUGGCUAAGAGCGAGACCGUCCUGGUCACAGCAGCUGCCGGAGGAACGGGACAGUUCGCCGUGCAGUUCGCCAAACGGGCCGGCUGCCACGUGAUUGGGACGUGUUCGUCCGACGAGAAAGCAGUCUUCCUCAAAUCCAUCGGCUGCGACAGGCCAAUCAACUAUGCCAAGGAAGACCUCGCCAAGACACUGAGGAAGGAGUACCCGCAGGGCGUAGACGUGGUGUACGAGUCCGUCGGGGGAAGCGUCCUGGAGCUCGCUGUGAACAGCUUGGCCACUAAGGGCAGACUGAUAGUGAUCGGCUUCAUUUCAGGCUACCAGACCGCAUCAGGUAUCCCACCUUUCAAGGGAGGGACGCUGCCGGUCAAGCUGCUCCAGAAGUCGGCCAGCGUCCGGGGGUUCUUCCUACCCCACUUCCUCGGGGACUACAGGGAGGCCCUGACCAGCAUGAUGCAGAUGUUUGCCAAAGGGGAGCUGGUGUGUGAGGUGGAUUGUGGGGAUAUGGCGCAGGAGGGAAAAUUUGUGGGGCUGGAAUCAGUUUUCAGGGCAGUGGAUUACAUGUAUGCUGGGAAAAACCUGGGCAAGGUCGUGGUAGAGGUCGCACCUCCAAAUGUUGGAGAUAGCAAGCUGUGAUUUACCUUGUUGCAUUAAAUCCAAUCAAACUGAAGAACUUUAUGUGGCCUCAAAAUUUAGAUUCUAUUUUCAUAAGGUCUUUGAUAAAGCUCAAUAAAGAAUGAUUGAUAAACAGAUAUUAAACAUUUAAAAAGUUUGUAAGAUUUGAACGGUGUUCAAUCUAAAUUCCUGUAUCAUUUUGUAUAAAGCUAACAGCUGUGUAAAA